ACCAUUACCUCACUGUAGACUUUUCCGAAAUCAGAGUGAAUAGCAAACAUGGCAGACCAUCCUUUCCAAAUCAAGCCCUCGAUUGUGAGCAUGCGCACCAGAAAUCCUAUAAGGGCCAUUGUUGAUAACCUCAAAGUGAAGCCCAACCCCGAAAAGGAAUUCAUCUCUCUUGCUUUGGGUGAUCCAACGACUUUCGGAAACUUUAAGCUGCACGAAUCCUGCUUGGAUGCUGUAAAAUCGCAAUUAGAAAGUUACAAAGCGAAUGGAUACCCACCAUCGAUAGGAACUGAACAAGCUCGUGCUGCGGUGGCUCAAGCUUAUACUCACCCCCAGGCGCCUCUGACAUCGGCAGAUGUUAUACUUGCUAGUGGCUGCAGCGAUGCCCUUAAUCUGUGCAUAGGCGCGUUGGCCAACGAAGGGCAGAACAUUUUGUUACCUGCUCCGGGAUUUUCUUUAUAUGAGACACUAGCAAGCUCCAAAGGCAUUGAAUGUCGCUUCUACGAUCUGCAACCACAUCGUUCCUGGGAGAUUGAUCUGAAUCACUUGGAGACCUUGGUUGAUGAAAACACUGCUGCCAUUUUGGUCAACAACCCGAGUAACCCGUGCGGUUCUGUCUACUCGAAACAACACUUGCUGGAUAUUCUUGCGGUUGCAGAGAAGCAUAGGCUACCUAUCAUUUCUGAUGAAAUAUACGCGGACAUGGCAUUCACAGGACACGAAUUCCUUCCCAUCUCGACACUGACAACCACAGUUCCAAUACUGACUACUGGCGGUCUCGCAAAGAAGUAUCUAGUGCCUGGCUGGCGGGUGGGCUGGGUUUUAGUUCAUGACCGAAAUGGAGCCCUUGAACAAAUUCGAAAGGGGCUGAUAAACCUCAGCCAGUUGAUUCUCGGACCCAAUUCACUGGUUCAGGCGGCACUACCGGAUAUCUUACAAGCCCCGAAAUCUUUCUAUGAACAAACUAUGGAGCAGCUUGAAAGAAACGCCAAUAUCAGCGAGAAGCUUCUCACGGGCAUUCCAGGACUGCGUCCAGUUUUUCCACAAGGCGCGAUGUACUUAAUGGUUGAGAUCGAUACAAGCCGCUUUAAAAAUAUCAAUGAUGACUUGGAUUUUGUCGAGAAGCUCGCGGAAGAGGAAUCCGUCCUAUGUCUUCCGGGCAAGUGUUUCCGUUGUAGAGGGAACUUCAUUCGAAUCGUUUUUACACCGCCAGUGGAAAAGUUAGAUAUCGCCUAUUCGCGCAUACGAUCAUUCUGCGAGAGGCACCUGGCUAGCUCUUGAACAACAUGUAUGAAGAACCCAAUAAGCUAGAUAUUACAGAUUUGAAUAACUAGACCACGAUCGAUGACAUAAUCUCAUUUAUCCUAAUUGGGACCAAGGUCUCAGAGGUUUUCCC